AUGACUCUCAACACGGUGGAUGUAACCAAAGCAGCUGAACCACCGACGGAAUCCAGCUUGUUCUUGAGAGUGUGCUUCAUCCAGCGUCUUAGAUGUGAGCACGAGGACGAUUUUGGCGAAUACUCUGUGCAACACGCUCAUCAAGCAUAUCGGGCGAAACCUAUUUCAACAGAUACUAUGACUCGCAUCACCUUGAAAAUCCUCGUAUUUAUCUCUGUGGCCGUGAACAUCUACUUGCUAGUGCUAAUGAACAGAGGAACAGCUAAUGGUACUCACGUGAAAAAAGCUCCAUUUUCUUCUCACCAGGAACCGAUUCUAUGGUCCGGAAUACUGGAUUUUUUCCCAGACCUGCGUAAUGUUGCACGAAAUGAGCUUGAACCAAUUCUCUUAACAACACCAAGAAGUGUUCGAAAAAAAUUGAUAGUGGGCAUACCGACGGCAGAGAGGGAAGAGGACUACUUGAUCGUUACCUUAUAUUCCCUUUUCGACAAUCUUGACUCCUAUUACAGGAAAGAUAUUGGCUUCCUAGUCAUGUUCGCCAGCAACGAUACUGAGUUAAUUAAGAGUAAAACAGCUGAACUACACAUGGUAUUCUCAGAACAAAUCCUCGAUGGUCUUCUUGAGAUAAUUGCUGUUCCGCCUGCUUGGUACAAAACAGAUGUCAGUAGUAUUCCACCAACUUUGAAUGAUGCACCAAAUAGAAUGUUCUGGAGAACCAAACAAAAUAUCGACUUUCUCUACAUUAUGAUGUAUGCUAGCCAAAGAUGUGAUUACUAUUUGCAGCUAGAAGAUGAUGUGAAAGCUGCUCCUGGAUACGCCAGAGUGAUAUUCAACUAUCUCGCUUUGAAGAACGGCACGCGAUGGUUUCUCAUGGAUUUCUCCUCAAUGGGAUUUAUUGGAAAACUAUUUAGUGUCGCCAAGCUGAAUUACAUUACCUACGCGAUCGGUCUCUACUAUCGUUUCAAGCCUGUUGAUUGGAUUCUUGAAGAUGUACUCCGAAGUCGUUAUUGCAGACUUGAACACGGUGUCAAAAAAUGCGCGGAGGCAAUAUCUUCAUUUCGAAUAAACUCUGGAGCGCCACAAUUUCUACAUAUUGGCAAAGUUUCUUCACUAAAAGGAAAGAUUCUGAAGACGUAUGAAAAUAGCUUCAACAAAGGAUCUGCUGAGGGCGAACGUGGAAACCCGAGAGCAGAGGUUACGACAUCAAUGACACCAGUGAAAGAACAUGAGGCACAAAAUGGUUACGUUAAUAAUGUCGCUAUGUGGUUUCUCAAUCCGCAAAAAGGAGAUUACAUUUCAAUAGCAUUCCAUGAAGAAGUAAAUAUUACAGGUGUAAUGUUCCUAAGCGGUGUACCACCUGCUCCACGAGAUAAACUCGGACCUGAGGCUAUCGUUAUUGCUCGUAAUGAUCAAUCAAAAACCAGUUUGGGACAGUUUUCUUACAACGGUAGCUUUGUAUUUCGUUCAAACGGAACGAUUGCCACAGAGCUACGAAUCGAAAUAACUGCCGACAUCAAGCAUUGGAUAAGUAUUGAUCAUAUAAUAAUUGAUACUGUUUAUUGUGAACGGUAA